CUUUGACACGAUUUAGAUGAAAACAUCUUUUUUCUUCUUAUUGUUGUGAGUUUUGUUGCUUUGAGUGAAAAACAAACAACACCUCUGAGUGUUUUCAUCGGGUUGACCAAUGAGAAGCUCUCUUUCCUCGAUCUCAACUCUCCCUCCAUUGACAUUUCUCAUGCUCUCCAUUUUGGGCCCACCUCCCAGAGAGAAAGCUCACGUCCCCUCCUCCCCCUCCCCCUCCUCCCAUCCAGCACACGCUCAUUUCCUCCGAUGCCGACUGGAAGGAGAGCGGAGGAUUUCUCGCAGCAGCCGGAGUCCGCUCUCCCUCUCCUCUCUUCUCUCCAUCCCUCCUCCUCGCCUUCCUGCCACAUCUGGAGCGUUUCCUCCUCUCCUCCUCCGGCAGCUCAUCACCAGGAUGUGGCGCUCGCUGGCUCUGCUGCUCUCUGGAUUCUCCGCUCUGAUCCACGUGUCGCUGCAGGGUCCGCACCAGAGGAACCUGCUGAAGACCCUCCUGAAGGACUACAACCGGAUGGAGAGGCCGGUGGCCAACGACUCGCACACGCUGACCGUCCACUUCACCCUCAGUCUGAUCCAGAUCAUGGAUGUGGACGAGAAGAACCAGGUGUUGACGUCUAACAUGUGGCUGCAGAUGACGUGGUACGAUCACUACCUCCAGUGGAACCAGAGUGAAUACCCCGGCGUGAAGAAUCUGCGCUUCACCUCCGAUCAGGUGUGGACUCCGGACAUCCUCCUCUAUAACAGUGCAGAUGACGACUUUGACUCCACUUUUAAGACCAACGUCCUGGUGAACUCCAGCGGCUACGCCAAGUACCUGCCUCCAGGAAUCUUCAUGAGCACCUGCAACGUGGACGUUCGCUGGUUUCCUUUCGACAUCCAGAAGUGCAACCUGAAGUUCGGCUCCUGGACGUACGACGGCUGGCUGCUGGACCUGCAGAUGAUCGAAGCCGACAUCUCGUCCUACAUGCCCAACGGGGAGUGGGAUCUUAUCGGAGUUCCCGGCUCCAGAAAUGAGAUCUUCUACGACUGCUGCAAGGAGCCGUACACGGACGUGACCUUCGUCAUCACCAUCCGCAGGCGGACGCUGUACUAUGCGCUGAACCUGCUGAUCCCGUGCGUGCUGCUGUCCUCCAUGACCCUGCUGGUCUUCGUGCUGCCGGCCGACUCCGGAGAGAAGAUCUCGCUGGGCAUCACCGUGCUGCUGUCACUGACCGUCUUCAUGCUGCUGGUGGCUGAGAUCAUGCCCGCCACGUCAGACUCCGUCCCCCUCAUAGGUCAGUACUUCGCCAGCAUCAUGAUCAUCGUGGGGAUGUCGGUCAUCGCCACCACCGUGGUUCUGCAGUACCAUCACCACGACCCCAACGGAGGAAACAUGCCCAAAUGGGUGCAGCUGGUCUUGCUCCAGUGGGUGGCGUGGUUCCUGCGGAUGAAGCGGCCGGGCGAGAGCGACGACCCCGAGCGGCCGCCCUGCGCCCCUCACCUGCGGCGCUGCUCUUCGGGCUCUCAGAGCGGGAGCAUCCCCAACCCCCCAGACCACACCCUCCACCCCCUGCACCCGCAGAGCCUGGCCCCCCUCCAGACGGGGCCCCUCCACGUGGGGCACCCCCACCUGCACACCCAGUCCACCACCAACAACAACGGGAACCUCCUGUACAUGGGCUUCCAGAGCAUCGAGGACUCGUCAGUGCUGUCGGAGCCGGUCCCGAGGAACAUGUCGGCGGGGCCCCCCCGCGUGGCGGGGAGCCCCCCUCCGCACCUGCCGUCGCAGUUCUGCAGCUCCCCGCCGCCUCCCGUGGAUACAGUGGGCUGUCCCAGCACCGUGUCCAGCGGCGGGGGGUUCGGGGGCGGCGCGGGGGGCUGCUCCACGGCCGGCAUCGGGGACCCCCAGCUGCAGGCCAUCCUGGAGGAGGUCCGGUACAUGGCCGACCGCUUCCGGGAGCAGGACGAGGCGGAGAACGUGGCGAACCAGUGGAAGUUCGCGGGCGCCGUGAUCGACCGGCUGUGCCUGGUGGCGUUCAGCGUCUUCAACAUCAUCUGCACCAUCUCCAUCCUCAUGUCUGCGCCCAACUUCGUGGAGGCGGUCUCCAAGGACUUUGUUUGAAAGCACAGAGGGGAGCGGCAGGACGGCGCCGGGGGAGCUGGUCCCAACAACUUCCAGCAAACUUUGAGCUCUGGGAAGAAAAUAUGGUUUCCUUCACGAUCCAUCUGUUAGUAACGGAGAUAAAGCGGGACAGAGGCGAAGAGGCUGGGAGGAAAUCAGGGCAAACAGGGUGCUUUAUCAAAUCCAGACAUGGGGGUAAUUGGUUUCUAUGCGGCUAUUUCAAAGACUUCCCUCCAAAAUAAAGGGAGAGGAGAGUCCCGGACCGUCAUCCCGGCGUGACCUGGGAUUACAUGGCGCUCCAUCCAGAGAGCGGCGGAUUGACAGAUGAAGGAGACGUGUCUGCCCUCAUUUCACAGCAGUGAGGCCGCCUCCCACUGCAUCAUUAAAGGAGAGAGGAGCGGCGAGGAGCCGACUCCUCGUGAAACCGAGGAGGAAACAGCUGAGAACCUCGGAGCACCUCGGAGCAGGAAGAGCUUCCUGUUCGUCUACAGACCUGGGAUUAUCUCUGAUGCUAAUAAGCUUUUAAAGGAUGAAUUCUCUUUUCUGCCUGCGAGCAAAAGUCUGAACACCUUAUCUCUGUAAGGAGAUUGGCAAUCAGAGGAGAUCAAAGCUCCUCCGCCGUCCUGAGCGGUAAGCGAACGAUCCGGAGCCACAUGGAGACCGAGCCGGAGCUUAACUGCAGCUGGCAGGUCGUAAGUGACCGAGGAAACUCUCUGGAUUUCACAUUAAAGGUUUAAUCACUCAGGCGGGAGGUCAGACGUUUGAGCGGACGCAGCAGAGAUGAAGCCAAUAAACAGCAGAGGAAGGUGAGGAGGUGCCAAUACCUCUCCACCGGCUCCUGAGAGCGGCCCGCAGGUGACCGGACUCGGGAGGUUCAUCUCCCUCCUGACAGAGGAACUCGAGCAUCGAGUCGGCUCGUGUUUCUGUUAAGGACGUCUGCUGGGAUUCAAAAUGAAGUCCAAAACGUCGGAUCGGAUCCGUUUGAGUCCGUCUUCUGUUCUGAGGAUUUA